AUGUCCCAGAAACUCCACAACCUCCUGAACACAGCCCUCGUGCUCUCAGAGCAAUUCCAACAAACCCUCGACACGACCCCACCAGCAUCACAAAAUGCCACACCCCAACACCAGGAACAGAUCGCAGACCCCUUGAUUAUCCUAUCUAACAGCACAAAAUCGCUCAGGGCGCAAGUCACAAAGCUGUCAUUGCUCGCGAUAACGGCUCCUUUUACGCCUUCGGCGAUAUCGACUUGUCUGGUCUCUGUGAAUGAUUCCGUGAUGCCCUCGAUGGUUACUGCGGCACUGCUACUGACGCCGGGCGAAUACACGAAAGCAUUCUCGACGGAGGCCCGUAUACUCGUCAAAACGGGGUUGAAGGAAUUUGCAGUUUUGGUUCAGGAAAUCAUUAAUGCAGCCGAAAAUCUUGACCCUUCCUUCCCAUCCAGAAAUGACGGAUAUGCAAAAAGUGCGGAGGACAGAAAGAAGGAACUCGAGAAACAGGAAAAGGAUAUCCUUACCUCUCAGACGGGACGGGUAUGGGAUGUCUGCGACACGAUCACGACGCUCAUCUCGCAAGGUGUCGUGGGGCAUGUCGCGAAACGAGUGCAGCAGUGGCAUGAUCUAGUCAAAGAUGCGAUUAGCGAAUUGGAGGAAUGGGACCCGGAGGAUGAGGAUGAUGGCGGAUUUGAAGAAUUGAUGAGUAGCGAUGAUGACGACGACGACGAAGAUGAGAAUCAGAGUAGCGAGAACGAAGAUGACGAGAAAGAUGUUGAAGCUCUCCAGUCGCAGAAAAAGUCUCUGCUUCGCGCGCUCAAACCUAUUGCUCAGGUCUACCCGGCUGUAGUCUCGAAUCGAGUCAAAAAGGGCGGUCUAACGGCAAAUAUCCCGCAACAGAUCGCGAAACUGGAAUUGCUCACGUCUAAUUUGCAAAGUAUACCGGAUCAUGUUGAUGAGGCUGCCGGUUCGCUUUAUGAGCACAACCUGGAUGAAUGCCAAAAGUAUUUGAAGUUGGCCAAGACGACUGCUGAAAGUGCGAUUGACAUGGUUGUUUUCCCGUGGGGAGGUGAGCAAGAGGAUAAAUUUACGGUCUGGUCGAGGACGUGGAGAAAAGUCAUGGGCGAUGUAAUUAGUGAUGUUCAAAAAUGA